UGCAGCUUUCAUUGAUCAUUACCAACCUUCUGGCUGACACUCUGGAACCAUCAUGGAGUCGGGGAAGCAGCUAACAGGUACAUUGGCCGUGGCUGUGUUCACAGCAGUUCUGGGGUCCCUGCAGUAUGGCUACAGUCUUGGAGUCAUCAACGCACCCCAGAAGGUCAUUGAAAAGAAUUAUGGACGGUCCCUGGGUGUGUGGUCAGAGAGGGCUGCUGUCCUCUCAGAAAACAGCACAGAAGAAGAAGAUUUCUCAGAGGCGGGACAACACCCUGCAGUGGUCAUGUAUUGGUCAUUGUCGGUCGCAAUCUUCUCUAUCGGUGGCAUGUUAUCAUCCUUCCUGGUGGGAUUUGUGGGAGACCUAAGAGGGAGGGUAAAGGGCAUGUUAAUGAUCAAUGUUCUGGCUGUAGCUGCUGGACUGCUGAUGGGUCUUUGCAGGAUGUGGAAAACUCACAUCAUGGUCAUAUCUGGCCGCGCUGUUAUGGGCUUUUACUGUGGGUUGACAUCUGGGCUAGUGCCCAUGUACAUUGGAGAGAUUGCACCCAAGGCUUACAGAGGGGCUCUGGGAACAUUACACCAGCUGGCUGUUGUCAUUGGCAUACUAAUCAGCCAGGUAAUAGGCUUGGACUUUAUACUUGGUAAUGAUGAUAUGUGGCCCCUGUUGCUUGGUCUGUCUGGAGCUCCGGCAGUAUUACAAUCCUUUUUGCUGCCUCUGUGCCCUGAGAGUCCACGGUACCUUUACAUUCUACUGGGCAAGGAUCAAGAGGCUCGAAAAAGUCUGUAUCGUCUAAAGGGGGCGUAUGAUCCAACUUCUGAUCUGGAAGAGAUGAGGAAAGAGAAAGAGGAGGCCGACAAGGAGACCAGGGUCUCUAUCCUUUCUUUGAUCUGCUCCUCUGUGUACAGACAGCAGCUGAUUGUUGCCCUCAUGAUGCAUCUCUCCCAGCAGUUUUCUGGUAUCAAUGCGAUCUUUUAUUACUCUACGGAUAUCUUCACUCGGGCUGGUGUCGGUCAGCCAGUCUAUGCCACUAUAGGAGUCGGGGCCAUCAACACAAUCUUUACUCUUUUGGCUGUUGCACUAGUGGACAAGGCUGGCAGGCGCACUCUGACUCUGGCUGGUCUGGGAGGGAUGUGCUGCUGUGCAAUUGCCAUGACAGUGGGCCUCAAAUUCCAGGGUGAAUACUCGUGGAUGAGCUAUGUUAGCAUGUCAGCUAUCUUCCUCUUCGUGAGUUUCUUUGAGCUUGGUCCUGGUCCCAUUCCAUGGUUCAUAGUUGCUGAACUGUUCAGCCAGGGACCUCGGCCUGCGGCCAUGGCUCUCGCUGGCUGCUGCAACUGGACCAGCAACUUCAUCAUUGGCAUGACGUUUCCGUAUAUACAGGCUUGGUUGGAUUGUUAUGUGUUCAUCCUGUUUGCUGUGCUGCUUUUUGGGUUCACUGUGUUUAUUUAUAUGCGGGUCCCUGAGACCAAGGGCAAAACGUUUGAGGAGAUUUCUGCUGUCUUCCACAAGGGACCGAAAAAGUUGGCAAAGAGAACCAAAGACGAUACUGAACUGCAGCAGUUCAAAACAUCCACAGAUGCUUGAAACAACAGCUAUGUUCGUGUAGUUUAUUUGUAUGCGUGUGAAAGGGUGUGUCCAUCUGUCAGUAUUUCAAAUGUUAAGUGUUUAUCUACAUUUAUCCUUAUAGUAUUAUAAUUAUUACUUGGUAAAUGAAGGACUUAAGUAAACAUUUUUUACAAUAUAAAUGUAAGAGCUACACAAGAACCAGCAGUGACUUACAACAUUAUGUUUCCGUUAUGUGGAGUGGUGUUACAUUUAAUCAAAAUAUAGACUUUUAUUGCAGUAUUGUGACUUGAUGGUUAAUAUGGCUAUAAUCAAUAUUGGAUCACGUGAAUAUUUGUAUAUGAAAGGGGUCGCUUAAGUAUUGUUGAACCUACAGAGAAUUAUGACCUGACUCCCUUUCACAUAUCUAUGGAAUUAUUCCACAUUUUCUGUCUUGAAACAAUCAUAAGCCUCCUUCACUUAAAAAUUUGUUUUGCUUAUUCAGAAUCAGAAUCAGGUCAGAAAUACUUUAUUUAUCCCCGAGGGGAAACUCUAUUGUUACUUCACUUGAAUGUUUGACCCUCACUGUGUAUAAUGAUGUACUGUAUGCAUGAGUUGGUCACUAAAAGGCUGUUUUCACAAUCAUCUGCUGAAGGGGAAGGUUUCUCUGUGCCCACCUUAAACCUGAGUUUAAGGCAUGUAUGCACGAGCAUUACUUUCUGACAUCACAACUAGUUUGGAAGCCAAUCGUGGUCCAAUAUGCAACUUACAGAAGUGUGAUGUGGAAACUUGAAACCUCCAGUGCACAUACACCUGACAUUGGACUUUUAAGUGAAGUAGGAGAAACAUUGUGUCCAGCAAUUAAACUUUUGAAACAACAAAUAUUUGCAUAGUCAUAGAUUCUGGAUAUGUCAAUGAGUGGAAAACAGUUAAUGUAAUUAAACUUUUGUAACAACAAA